AUGCGAAGUGAAAUUUUAAUUCAUUUAUUAGUUUCUCUUCUUUUAGUCAUUGCUCAAAAUGUUGAAUCCGAAAAUAAUACGAUGGAAGCGAUUUCAUCAUCGCCAUCAUCACAAACUGUACAGCAAAUAAUUGAUUCAGAAGCCGAAACCACUCCAUUAGCCUUUGAACCGAUUCAAAAAUUAGUAGAGACAAUUGCACCACGAGAAAGAGGAUUUCCACUUCCUGAAAUUAAGGAAGCUCGAGAGUUAGCCACUUCAAACUUUGAAAUUUCCACACAGCAACCUUCAUCAACAACGUCAUUACCGUUCAUUACUGAAAUUGAUCACAAUACAACUACCGAAGCGCAAUUCGAUCAUUUCAACUAUCAGAAUGCAACACAAAAUGAGAGGAGGAAUAAUGAUGAGACAAAUGAGACAUCGAUUUCCGACUCAACAAAAAUAUCAAAAUCAACUCCGUCAACAAUUAAUGGAACUGAUAUUAUCACUAAACUGUCAGAAUAUAUCGAAAAUGAAGAUGAAUUACCUCCCGAGGUUAGAGCAGAAGAUCCAUUUGGAACAACAAUUACUGGCCAAUCAACAAUUUCAACUUCAUCAAUUUCACAACAGCAAAACAUCAUUCAUAUGAAUCAGAAUAAUUCGAAUUCGAAAAUGAAUUUGCUAACUGCUUCAAGUUUUCUAAAUAAUACUUCUGAUAGUGCAUCGAAUGAAGCAACGAUGAAAGUGAAUCAAUCAAUUGCGUUGGAUAGAGAUUUUAAUACCGAUACUGUACCGAUGAACAAAACAUUCAAUGCAACUUCGUCGUCAUUAAAAUCCGAACCCAAAAUGAUAAUUAGGAAAAUAACAAAUGGAACGACGACGGCAUUAGAAAUUCAGACGAUAUCUCAAGAAAUUGAAGUUACUGUACCUAAAAAGCAAAGAAUACCUGUGUUGCAUACGAUGACAUCAGAAACGUUCAAUGCAGAUAACACUGAACAAACAAUAACAUCCACAGAAAUUGCUACCGUUGGAAUUACUGCUGCUGAUAUGUCGCGGGAAUCUGGAAAAUCUCCAGUAACUGAAUCAGUACCGGUUGAAAUGGUAUCAUCAACAGUUUCAUCAGAAUCAUUCAUGCAUUCAUCAUCUUCUGAACCAUCAUCUGAUGAUGCAUUUGUAACAGAAUCAUUAGCAACUGUAUCGCCUGAAAUAAAACAUCAAUGGGAAACACCAACAAUUCCUACUAUUUCAACUGAAUUACCUCAAACAACAAUAACAAUAACAACAACAACAACAACAAAUGAAUUCAGUACAGAUAUGAAUCAGCAUGAGGAGGAUGAUGAGACUGAACAUAGUAGCCAUGAAGAUGAGAGUUUAUUUGUUGGAGACAAAACAUUAUUCAUCCAAGAUGACAUCAUAAAAUCGGAUUUUAGUGGUACACAAUCGAUUGCCGAAUUCAUUACUCCAACUGAAACAAUGGAGGAGAACUUUGGCGUGCCGGGCUUUUCACGUAUUGAAAGAUUGGGACCUGAAGCGACGGAAGAAACCCAGCUAACGAUGCGAACGGAUAUACCAAUUGAUUUAACUAAAAAUUCUAAUGAGUUUAACGAGCAUCGCAACGGUGAACAUACAUCGGGCGAGAAAUCGCAAACAGCGAAGAAUUCAUUCGAAGAAGACGGGGAGGUAAAGGAUAUCUCAGUGAUUGAUGAAAGCUUUUAUCAUACAGAAGAAGCAGCUUCUACGUUCAGGCCUAUUAUCAGUGGUGAAGGAAAGUUAGAAUCAGAACCAACAUCACAACCUGAACUAAUAUCUAAACCUAUAUUAUUCCCUGAAAGUGAAGUAUCGAGUGGAAAUUUUGAAUCAGAGAUUGAUUUUAAAGUAAAAUCUGACCCGGAAUUUACAACUAUACCUGAAGAUUUCAAAGGAAGUAAGAAUGAUUUAAAUAAUAUGUUACACAUUGAUCAUGCACAAAUUACCAAUUCUCACGAUGCAAAAGAAGGAAGUUAUAAGACACCAUUCUCAUUUCGUAUUACCAGUAUCGAUUAUAUUCCGGAAUUCGGUGAUUCAAAUAGUGGGAAAUACAAAAAAUUGCGAGAUCAACUUAUGCCAGAUUUAGAAGAAAUAUUUGGUUCAAUAUUUGGGCACAUAUAUAAUGGAGUGCAUUUGGUGAGCUUUCUGAAAGGCAGUGUGAUAGUGGAAGGUAUGGUGUACACAUCAGUGAAACCUGAUAAUUUGGAACAAUUGGCUACCGAAUUUGAACAGCAAAUUACUGCUAAAAAUUCACAGCUUGGUGGUAAUGAUGUGGAUCCGCGAUCCAUCCUACUUAAUGGAUUUGUAUCGAAGAAUUAUGUUGAAAGGAUACAUGAAGGUUACACAUCAGGUAGUACAUCAUCAUAUAUUGUUGGAGGUGCUAUAGCUAUUGGUAUAUUAACAAUACUAUUGAUAGCAUUUACUGUUAUCGCUACGAAUAACAGACGAACGAAUGGUAAAUUAAAGUUGAAAGAAGAAAAUAUAGCAAUGGCUGAUAACAAUCGAUUAAUGUGGCAGAAUGGUACGUCGCCAGUGAAUUUGAUGGGUUAUGGGAAUGGUCAUAUGAUGGAAGGAGGAAAUGGUCAACCAUCGAUGGUAAUGGUCGGUUCACAAAUGACUGCCGUGAACACGCAUGCACCUGCUCGUGCAAUUCAGCCUCAUUCUUAG